AUGGGCAGCCUUCCAGUGGUCCUGCUCCUCUGCAGUUUCCAUGGUAAUGCUGCCAAACAGAACACACAAAUCAUCUUGUUUAAUUACGGUUGAGUCGCUGUGUGUUUGUUUUUAUGCUGCGAAACACUCCCCUCAUGUGGUUUCUGUUCCACAGCACUCACAGCUGUCGCCCAAGCCCAGCAGGCUGGUAAUGCUCACACUUUGAGAUCAGUUAUAUGAUGCACUACAUCUGUCAGUCUGUGAGUCACUGAGAUGGGUCAGGGGUGAGAUGUUUUCCUAAUCUGGUUGAGUUUUCUUUCCUUGUUUCCAGAUGCCAGUAAGACACCUGCAGCCACCUUACCACCAAGUGAGUGACAGCAGACUGCAGAUGACCUUUGACCUGCAACCUUAGAGGCCACAUGAACCUCUGACACAAUAUCUCUUUGUGCUUCAUCUUGUGAUCCAUAAAUUUCAGGAGGUCAUUCAUUCUCUGUGUUUGCAGGCUGCAGAGAGGAGAUGUAUCCUUGCACCAGGAUGUACUCUGUUCACCGGCCUAUCAAGAGAUGUAUUGGUGGUAUUUGUAUCUACAGGUAAUUUAAAACUAUUGUAUCAACAUCAGAAGUGAAGUGAGUACUUUUACAAAAAUACUUCUGACAAGUAAAAAUCCUUUCUUUGUGGUUUGACUGAAAACAAGUUUUGGGUUAAAAUGCUGGAUGCCAGCUCUAAAGGUGGGCAACAUUUCAAACAGUGAGGUAAUCUUGUGCUGGGGUUAUACUGGGAUGAGAUCAGAGGAUGCUCUGAACAGCCUGUUCAAGUUUCAAGACAAUUACAUGAGAGGGAUGCUAGACUGUCUGGAAUAGUGAAAUCACCAAUUGGAGUUAGAUGCUCGUUUUCUUUUUAUUAAAUCUUUUAAAAAUAUUUUUUUGAGUCAGAAUUGGGGUCCAAAAUAUAUUUCACAAUUUCGCAUUUUAAAUAGAAAAACACCAGUUGGCCAAUUUGGGGCAUGGCAACAGUGGAUGAGGUUUCCACUGUGCUGGGAUUUGGGGAGUUUGGGCAGUGGGGCAUUCAAAUUUCAGAUGACGCUGGUGCCUGGACACAGUGUACAAUGACAUUUGUGUCGAUAUACACUAAAACAACAUUGGACCUGAUGAAUAAUAUGUAUCUCCAGGCUUCAGGUGUUGGCAUUGUCUACUAUGAUGGGUGUGUUUCCUAUAACUUAUGAGUCGUAGAUUUAUGGUCAUCAUUUGGACACACACAAAGCUACAAGUGUUUGUGUUGCUUACAGUCCAGUUCUAGCACAGAGGGUGUAUUUGUUGUGUUGGUGGAAUCAAUGAAAGAUUAAAUUAAAAAAUCUUAUUUGUUUUGUUAAUCUAAUAUAUGCCCUCAGCAGAACUAUUGUGUUAAAGCAGUAUAACACAAGAGGUAGUGCUGUUAUACCAACUAUCAGCAUGACUAUGACUACACCCUGAUUAUACAAAACCUGCAAACACUUGUCUGUGACUAAAUCUGGUGAUGUUUUCUUAUUGAACAACUGCUCUCUGUAAAUGUCCCAUUGUUUGUGAUGCUCAUGUUAUCUUCUGUUUUCACACUACAGCCUUCCUCGCGUCUAUGUGAUUAACAAUGAGAUCUGUGUGAGGACAGUUUGUGCACAUGAUGAGUAUCUGAAAGGUGAGGCAUUCAAGUAAUAAGUAUAACAUGUGGUACGCACUGUGCUUCAACAUUUGCAUUUGUUGCACCCUACAGCUGAACUGUGCAGAGAGUUGUCCGGGUGGCCCAGGCGCGUUGAGAGGUCAACUUAUAAGAAACGCUGUCGCAAUCGUCGUGGCAACCCCAAAAACUGGGCCUAA